AUGAUCUCCAUCAAAUUCGUCGAAGAACCAAAGAAGACUUACCCUGUGGCUCACAUCACGUUCGGGGAUCGUGCUGGUGGCCAGCGUAUCCGCGUACCUCCCGGGUUCAGACUCUUUCUGAAUGAAGACGCGCUCAUCAACGUUAUUCAACUCGAAGGAGCUUCCACCGCGCUUCCUGAUGCGCAAGUGCACAACGCAAACUGCUACUGGUGCAUGCCAACACGCGAAAGUGAAGCUGAAGUCAAAGAAGCAUGGAAGGACUACAAAAAGGCUGAGAUUGGCUCCCUUUGGCCCGUCCUCUGGCAGCCUACCAGCCUCGACCGCGACUCGCUCAAGGACGUAAUCAACACGUCGUCUGUCGGGCACUUCCUCCUCAACAAGGCUUUGGACGGCGAAGACAAGCAUUCCCGUGUUCUCCAUGAGCUCGCACGUUUCAGUUCGCACUCCCUCAUUUCCGCGGUCGAAGCCUCUGGGGAGCGUCGCGCGGAUAUCGAGUUCGGUGUGACGCUCGUUGUAGCUGCGUUGAAGGCGAAUGAUGUUAUUCUCACAUCUGAAUGUCUGCCGUUCCACUAUGAGAUAACGUACUGA